GGCGUCAUUGCACUCAUCCUCGUGGUCGUGCCCGGGCAGGGUGAAACAUGAGUGGCCGUGUGAGAUCCAGAUCCAGAUCCAAACAAGGAAGAGAGGAUCGAGGAUCUGCCCAGCCAGCUGCGGGUGUGGUUACACCGCCCCCCACACAGGCCGAGCAGCUGAAACCAAAGGAGAAACCAACUAAGACUCAGGAUAUUAUACCUGAUCAAGGGAAAGAAGUUGAAGGAGCACCUGUUAUUCAAGGUGAAGGGAAAGGGAAGAACAGUGCUUAUGGGGGCGGGGCGUGGCCUGAAAUGAAAUCUGAACUACAGGAAGUGGCUCAGCCAAUGACUGGGGAUAAAAGCGAAGAUGGUCCUGAUGUGAAAGGGCUGAAAUUUCCAAACCUAGAGCCCAUUAAAAUGCCAGAAGCAGGUGAAGGGCAAUCACAGGUGUAA